AUGUCGUCGUUUCUAUCAACAUCCAUCGUCCUAGCCAUAUCCCUUCUUCUGAUUGUGAUAUGGAGCAAGAAGCAGAAAACUCAUUCCACAUCGAACGACCCAGCGAUAUGCCGCCAAAUCAUUGCCGGUGUGCUGAAAUCCACAGAAAAGCAGCAGUCAAAUGUCUUUUCACCACAUCAAGCGAAAGCAAUGGCCAAUAGACACCUCCCAAUCGCCUUCGGAAUCGACAAUGCCUUCACUCGCACAGAUAGUGUCCAUGCCAGCAGCUUCGUUGAGAAAGUCAAACCCCUGAUCAAUCUGUCGGCAGAGCAGUGGCACAAUGUAUCCGAAUUCGCCAGAGCGACCACGAGCCACUGGAUCGAGCAUGGCUUCCCCGGGCUGGAUCUUAUCUGCAGGAACAAUUGCCACCCAGAAAAGCAGAAGCUCGACCGCAACCGGAUCAAUGUCGCCAGUCUAGCACAAAUACUUUCAUUGAAAGUUGUGCUUUGGCUAAUGUUCGACAAAAAGACUCAAGACCAGACUUGUGAUGAGAAUCUCCUGACUCUAGCACAAUCUAUAAAUCGAGUCUGGAUAUCAUCCAAGCUAAAAGCCACCGAGAACGACAUUCCCAGAUUCGAAGACGACCUUUUGCUUCAGACAUCGCUGGCCAAUAUCUUCGGAAAACACGAUCACCCAGAGAAAAACGCACUGAACGUUAUCCUGCCUUCAUUCGAGACGAUGUGGCGUAUCGUGUUACGGGCGUUCAUAGAAAUCAGGUUCGCGACUGGCAAAGAAGUACCUGCGUGGCGGGAGACAAUGAUUGCUUUUGCUGAGAAGCCCACCAAGAGCCAAUUCGACGCAGGCCCCCCGCCUAGUCUCUCCAGACCUGAAUCUAGCAAUGACCCCAGCAUGGGCGAUAUAACUGGUGUUCAGAGUUCGCCUAGUGCGAAUUACAUAGUCCGUGAAUCGCUCCGACUAUACGUGCCUACGAGACAUGUACAUCGAGCGUACCAGUGGGACCAGGGUAUGGGAACAUCUCAUGAAAUAAUAUCCGCUGAUAUUGAGGGAUGUCAUAUGAGGUCUGAUAUUUGGGGUACUGAUGCAGAGCGAUUCAACCCGAAUCGCUGGUCUGUUCUUACGCCAGCGCAGGGAGAUGCUUUCAUGCCUUUUGGAUGUCCCCCUUUUGAAUGUCCCGCCAAGCCAACUUUCGGGCCGAGGAUGAUGGGGGUCUUGGUUGGUUCUUUGUUGAUGGCCGUUGAGAGCAAAGAGCAAUCAGGGACUUGGACUUUGGAUUGUGAGGAUGGGGUAGUGUUGGGACACCUCUCGUCUGGGAAAAAGUUAUGCCCGCAUAGGAAUGCCUAUACGGAUUUGUAUCUAGUACGGUCUUUGGAAAGUCAAGAGUGA